CAUAUGCCUGAGUACCACUCCCAGGAUGCUCAGCCAGCUCCCUGAGUGCCACUCCCAGGAUGCUCAGCCAUUCCCCUGAGUGCCACUCCCAGGAUGCUCAGCCAUAUUCCUGAGUGCCACUCCCAGGACGCCAUUAAUGCAGCUGCAGGAAAUAUCCCGCAAAGCAGAAAGUGAAAGUAACUCGGACUUUCGGACCUCAAGAUGGCCGCCUGGAGACGGGGGAUCCUGCUGAUCCUGCACAGCCAUGCCUUGGUCUGUCUUGUGAGUGCGGGGCUGGAGCUCGCGGCUCCGACGUCCCAGGCGUUCCGCUUAGGAGACGAGGCCCGCGUGCCGUGCACGGCCAAGGUCGACAAACCUCCCAUAAACCUGCUGAACUUCGUGCUGUUCUGGGCCUUCCGAGGGCAAAAUAUUCUGAGGUUCGACAGCAAAGGGGUGGACGACAUGUCGGAGCCGCGGAGGUUUUUUAAGGCCGAGGACGCCCGGACGGGAGACGUCUCUCUGCACAUCCGUAACGUAACGUUGAGCGAUGCCGGGACGUACAGGUGUACGGUCAUCUACACCCCCGACAGACACGACAGGGACGUCCGCGUCACCGUCUAUGCUCUUCCAACCAUCAAGACGCUGCAGACCCUGGAAAAGGGCGACGACACAACCACCGUGCUCUGCGAAGUCACCGGAUUUUACCCCAAAGCCAUCAGCGUGACUUUACUAAGCGAUGGAAAUGCCCUGAACGACACUGUUCUGACCCCGUUCGCGACCAACAGCGAUGGCACCUUCAACGUCAACAUUACCAAGACUUUCCGGAAGGACGAGAAGCCCAGGAGCUCAUCGUGCGAAGUGAGACAGGAGUUCCUCACGCUGCCACUUACUAGAGAACUUACCCUGUUAUACAAAGAGAAGGAGAGCUACACGACGGCUCUGGCGCUCGGGGUUGUCGCUGUUCUGGUUCUACUUGGAGUCGUCGCGUUUGUCUUCUGGCACAGAAAGAAAAGAGGCGGGAAGACGUUUGCCGUCGGCGAUAUCCAGGGGCCACCGACGUGGACUGCUGGAGAAAAGAUGUCUCUCUGGUGCUCAGUGUCUGACUGCGCUCAGGACCCCGGGGUAAAAUGGAUUGUGACGGGGAAAGAUGGGAGGCGCUUAGCGUUGAUGGAGAUGCCCUCGCUGGAGGCAGAAGACAAGGAGCCCCUCCUGUCCUCGGAGUAUGCGGUGACCGGCGAGAAAAAGGAGAAACGCGGGAAAAAGGGAGUCUUUGAUUUUAUCAGCUCUCUGAACUUCAUCCCGUCCGUAUCGAGGCAUUUGGGGUCGACCGUGGAAUGCGUCGUCACCUGCGCCGGCAAAACCGAGGAGAGGACCUUUACCUGCAUAUCAGUUUAUGCGAAGCCGCAAUUCAGUGAUCCGAUCAACCUCAGGGCCAGCGACGCAGGAGAUGUCCAGCUCUGCCUGAACCUGCGGGGAUUUUACCCCCAAGGUAUCGACGUCACCUGGAGCUGCGACGGGGAGCAGUCUCAAGACAAAUUCACGACCAAUCACGACGGCACUUUUAACCUUAAGAGCAAACGAAAGAUUCCCGCCGAUCGCUUCAAAGACCCCGCUUUCAAAGCCUCUGUAACGUGGGAUCACGUGUCAAUGGCCGCGCCGGAAGCCAGGGAGAUCUCUGCGAGAGACCUCCAUUGGCGUCCGGAAAUUGAAGGCGUCUCCGUCCAAAAGACUCCCGGCGGCGACCGCGUGGAACUGAGCUGUAAAAUCUCCAACGUCUUCCCCGACGUCCUCGCCGUCAAGUGGUUUGAGAAGAGGAACGGCGGCCGCGAGAUCCCCGUGACGGACGGCGAGAAGUUCACGUUUCUGGAGGUCACGAAGGAGAGAGGCCCCGAUCGCACCUUCACCUACGGCUCGGUGGUGGUUUGCGAUAAAUCUCAGAUUCUGGAUCGGGAGUUUAUCUGUCGCGUGGAACAUCCCAGUCUGCAAAAGCCAAUUCAGGCCAGUACAGGACCACUACAACUAACUGAUUUGAUGACCUUCGUUAUCAAUAACAUCCAGGGGCCGCCGGUUUUGUACGUUGGAGAAAAAGUCACUCUGUAUUGUGCUGCUUCUUACUGCACCAAGGACGUCGUGGUGACUUGGCUCGUGGCCGAAGCCGAUGGCCCAGCGCAGGAGAUCUCAGAGGUUCGGUUAGGAGAGGACAACCGACGAGGUCUUCUCGCGUCCGGCGUGUACGCGGCGGUCAGGGAGAGGACGGAUCCGUCGGACAAAGAUGGACUCCAUGAUGUUACCACCUCUCUAAGCUUCACGCCGUCCAUUUCCAAACACAAGAACGUAUCGCUGACCUGCAGGGUGGUCUGCAGCGGGAAGUCCAAAGAAAAAACAUUUCACCCUAAAAUACUAUAUGCCAGACCAAAAGCCCCGGGUCCUGUGGGGUUCCGUCUUUGCGGCAGCCGGGAGGUGAUCUGCUCCUUGGACAUUCAAGGAUUUUACCCACAAAAUAUCGAGGUAAAGUGGGGGGAGAAUUUUGAUUCAGCGGAACAUUUGAGACCCAACGGGCUGACCUACGACCUCCGCAGCGAAUGUAAAGUCGCCGGCGAUCUCUUCACGGAUCCCAAUUUCAAGGUGAAGGUGUCUUGGAAGCACGAUUCCAUGAGCGGCUGGGAAAGCAAACAGCUGUCGGCGAGAGAUGAAGGUUUUCCUUGGCGACCUCAAAUCGAAGACAUUCUCGUCCCGAACGUGUUUAAUAAGCGCUCGGCCGCCCUGACGUGCGCGAUUUCACGCUUUUUCCCCAGUAAUCUGCAAGUGAAUUGGUUGAGAAAGGAGAAAGAUCACGAAUUCCUUGUGACCCACGGUGAAAAAUACAGAAUCUCCAACGUUACCACGGAGAGGGCGGCCGAUCACACCUACUCGUGCACAUCGUGUUUAAUGUUCACGCCGUCCGUGAAAACAGAGCAGGGGGCCGAGUUUGUCUGCGUCGUGGAUCAUCCGAGUUUAGAAAAGUCCGUACGUAAGAGCACCGGGGCCCUGCGCAUGCAAGGUUUCCCAGACGUGAAGAACAUUCUGUAUUCCGGAGACAGAGCCGCUUUGGACGUGGAGGGCUUUUACCCGCGGGAAAUCGUCAUUUCUUGGAAAGUGGAUUCCGGAGACGAGAGCCGGGCGGUCCCCUCAUCCAGUGAGUUCGAAAAAAACGAAGACGGGACUUUUAAGGUCUCGAGUACCUGCGACUUGAAGACGGUGGAUCUGAGUGGAGACGGGCCACAUACUCUGACAGCCACGGUGGAGCAUGAAACGGUGGAGAGUCCCAUCCGCAAGAGCAUCAGUUUGGCGAGAAACGCAGAGAAAAAGGCCGAAGCUCCGUUGUUGAUUGGUCUGCAGGACGUAACAAUUAUUUCCGAGCUUCCAAAGGAAAAUUCCGUUCUUGAGUCUCAUCUUGCGAACCAACAGACAGAACAGCACAUGCGGUUUAUCGUGAACGCAAUUCAGGGGCCGGCUAGCUGGACGCACGGGGAAAAGGUCUUUCUAUACUGCACGGCUUCCUAUUGCCCCAAGGACGUCGCGGUUUCCUGGGCCAUAACGGGGGGCGACGGAGGGUCUCGGAAACCGGAACCUAUGCCGUCCACGGAACAUACUGAGCCUUCGGACGUAGAGGGUCUCUUUAAUGUAAGCAGCUCCCUGACGCUGAUCCCAUCUGUCCAAAAACACGCGGAGGCCGCCGUCAGCUGCCGGUUUGUGGGUGACAAAAAAACGAAGGAAAAAACAUUCCGGCCAAAGUCUAUUCACGCAAAACCAACAGCGACCAAGCCGAUAAACGUGAGCCUCAGUAAAUCAGGAGAUGUUACCUACCUGCUGGGCCUGGAGCAUUUUUACCCAAAAGAUAUCAAGAUUGGGUGGACUUGCGGAGUAGGAGAGCCGCAGGAGAACGUUAUAUCCCAAGAGGAAUUCCACGAAAACAGCGAUUCCACAUACAGCGUUCAGACUAAAUUAACCAUUUCUGGUGACAGGUUCAGGAAUUCAGAAUUUAAAGUGUGUGUUUCCUGGCGCCACGACUCCAUGGAGAGCUGGGAAUCCAUGGAAACGGACGCAAAGGAUCCCGAAUUUAAAUGGAGACCAGAAAUCCAAGAAAUCCCUGUUUCCGGCAUAUUUUUAUUCAAAAGUGUCACUUUCCAGUACAAUAUCUCGAAGUAUUUCCCUGAUAUCCUUACGGUGAACUGGUUUAAGAAGGAGAACGGAAAAGACGACUUGGUUCCUGUUACCAACCUUGAUAAGUACCGGAUCCCGGCGCUCAGCCCCCGGCAGCAGCCCGACGGCUCGUACAGCUGUGAGGCAUGCCUGAUAUACACCCCAUCCCUGAUCUCGGAGCAAGGAAUAGAAUUCAUCUGCAGAGUGGAACAUCCCAGCCUGACUGGACCAACAGAGAAGAGGACUGGACCAUUACAAGUCAGAGCCGUUCCUAAAAUCCAGCCAUUAAAAGUCAUUGUUGAUGACGCGGGGGAGAUCCAGUUAUCCCUGGAGAUGCAGAGUUUUUAUCCUAAAGACGUCCAGAUCGAGUGGUCUGUCCAAGCCCACCAUUCUCAUCACGCGCUGGAGUCGCGGGAGCAGUUUGUGGAUAAUUCAGAUUUAACCUGCGGUCUCAUAAGUCGAUGUAACGUCUCCGGGGGCUUCUUCACGGACCCCGACGUUAGCGUAUUGGUGAACUGGAAACGGAAUUCAAGUCAGGAUUCUGAAACCCACCACUUAUUUUGGAAAUAUCCAGAUUUUCCGUGGCGCCCGCAGAUAGGAGAGAUCGCGGUUCCAAACCUUUGGGUCGGCCGGGAAGUGGCACUGAGCUGCACAAUCUCUCGCUGUCUCCCAAGUACCGUCUCAGCCGAAUGGUUCUCGAAGCCCCGGGGUCUCGAUGAUUUGUUUCCAGUGAGGGACGAUACGAUGCACGCGAUUCCGGGAAUGAAGAUCGAGAGGGAGAGCGAGAGUUCUUUCUCCUGUACGGCGUUUCUAACUUUCCUGCCCACUUCAGACGCCACCGACGGACACGAGUUCAUCUGCCGUGUCCAUCACCCAGGACUUCAGAAGCCAAUCGAGAGGACGACCGGAGCACUGCGGCUAAUGCAAACAGAAGCAGCCAAUAUGGUGACCGAGACAGAUGGUGUUAAGUGUCUACCAGCCGUGACCACUGAGAAGGUGGUAGAUAAGUGGAACAGCGUCCCAGCAGAAGUGGCAGAGGGUAUGGAGUGCGACGCGGAAACCCCUCGUUCCAAGCCUUUCCGGAAAAACGCCUCCUCCGCGCGCAGGAAUUCAGAGCCACAAAAAGUGAAAACUGAGCGAGUUUUGCCCAAACCUCAGAAGAGGAAGAGAUCAGACGAGGCGGACGCAGAAUCCUUGACUGAGAAACGGAAGAAAGACUGCGAGGAAGACUCGCCACUGAGCGACGACAACGAAGACGAUCAAGCCGAAGACGAUAUGGACACAAACUGAGGCAGAAGCAAGAAUCUACUAAAUUGUGAUUCUCUGAAAGGACGUUCCGUGUAUAACAGCCUGAGAUGACCACCUUUUUCAAACGAAAUUCAGAAAAGUUCCAGCCGGAGGAGCCGGAAGAACCCUCAGUAUCUCAUGACGUAUUUUUCAUUAUAUUAUGUAUUUUUGAUCACUCUGUUCCGUUGGAGAUACUGAAGUCUCAAUCAGAGGACCGAAAAUGAGGACGCCUGGUCGUUUGAGCUCCUCGGGGGCUCGUUAACGGACGCUUGUUCAUUUUAUCCUCCUUCAUCUCUCAUUUAGUGGUUUCUAUUCCCUGUAAGACGUACCCCCCCAUUCCCUCCCGUUCUAAUUCCCGUCCAUCGGAUAUGUUCCACUUAAUUCAAGCUUUUCACACCUGCAUCAUGAGUUGGGGAAUGUCGGUUUAUACACUGGGGGGGGGAUUCGGGGAGUAACGGGGGGGACGCUGGUCACGUUUCACAGGAUCACGUUCUGUACAGAAGAUGAUGGCGAGAAACGUAUUUAAUUCCUACUUUUCCACAAAAAAAUAAAAUAUAGUAAAAUAGAAGAA